UAAAAUGCGACACAAGCAUGAAUACCUUUCAAGUGGGAUCAAAAGUAGAUAACACCAAACCAGCAUUACUUGUCUAGAGGGUUUGGAAUCACUUGAAUAUUGGUCUUUCACAAGUACAGAGCAUCUUGUUUGUGUUCUAUAUUGGCGAUGGCUCUGAGAUCAUCUACUCAUCUCAAAUCUAUGGUAGGUCUUUUAAGAGGAAACUCCAAUUUUUCAACAUCAACCACUCCGAAAAUGAAGGCCUUCGUCCCAACAGCUGAUUUAGCACUGCCCCCUGAAAUCAAAGCACGGGCAAAGAAAGGAGAUUUUGCACCAAUGUUUAUGGCUAUUGGGAUGAUUGGACUGUCAACUAGUUUGGGGAUGUACAUAGCAUUGAAAGAGCUUAGGAGCGGACCAAAUGUGUACGUGAAGAAAUCAAGAAGGGAAACAAUUCCGGAGGUGGUGGAGCCUGAGCAUGUACUAGAGGAAUCCGAAAAAUUCAUGAAAAGAUCUAUCUUCCGAAAACUGGCUCAUAUCAAUGAUAAAGCUCGUGAACAAGUUAUCCCUAAUCCCAUUCGUGGAGACAUCUAUUCGAGGCCUCCACGGGCUGAAACACUGAAAGACAUGGGAGUGGACCCGAUCCCCCACUAGUCAUGUUUUUUCUACAAUUUGCUCCAAAUUAUCCUUGUCACAUUUCUCACAAUCAGAACAGAGAAUUAUUGUAUCAUUGUACAUGUGCCCGAUAUUCAUUGCAUAAAGAUAUAAAAGAACUCUUCUAGUGCUUUUAUCUACAA